AUGCCCUUUCUCCUGGCCCUCCUCUGGCUCUGCCAACUAGCCAUCGCCUCCCUCACCAUCUCCAUUCCCCCCUCCUCCCUCCUCCCCAACCCCCAUGUCCUCCCCGCAACCACCCGUGCAACUCUCACCACCCUCCCCGCUGCCGGCGCCGGCGACCGCGACCCCAACCAUAUCCUAACCACCUCUCUCACUCGCGGCUCGACACUGGUCUUCCGGGACCUUCCUGCCGGUCACCCCGAAUCGUACCUCCUUGACAUUCGCGCCGGCGAGUACAUCUUUGCCCCGUACCGUGUCGAUAUCGCGGCCGACGGCUCGGUCCUCGGUGUUUGGGAGACGUUCCGCGGUAACCCCUGGGACAAUCGCGGUGCAGAGAAAUAUGUUGUCGAUGUGGCUGGCAAGAAGUCGGCUGAUGUCGUGAUCGAGGCUAAGGUUCUUGGCCGGAGGGGGUUCUAUGAGGAACGCGCGACGUUUUCGCCGCUGAGUCUGGUCAAGAACCCGAUGAUUCUUAUGGCUAUCGUGGCUCUCGCCCUUACUCUGGGAAUGCCCAAGCUUAUGGAGAACACAAUCCCGCGCUUCCCCCUGACCGGUGCCACCACCAAUGCCAUGACUGGCGGUGGGUUCGAUCUCGCCGGUUGGAUGGCCGGUACCGCGCCCAGCCCCAUGGCCAGUGCUGAAGGGGCUCGCGACGGGGCAACGGGGCGAGAGACCGCUCCUGGCUCUGCGCGGAAGCGUGGUUAA